UCUAAAUCCAAAGUUGACCUGUUGACGAAGAACCUGGAAGAACUCGGCGCUUCCUUUCAUUCUGCUUUCAUAUUCAUAGGCACUUAUAAUGUUUACUGGUUACUCCUUGCACACGCCUACAUUUAUAUUUUGCAUCAUCAUCAACAAAAACAACUUGUGAAAAGUUAAAAUUUCGAUUACUGUAAUGCUUAAUUGCUGAUGACUGCUCUGAUGUGUACUGUCUUUUGGCCCUGAGGCACGAGGCCGUGCAGUGAGUGUUCAAUCUAACCACAUGCUGCUGUUGUAGUGUCACACGUGGGACAUGGAGUCCGUCGCCGCGCUCAGCGAGACAGCCAUGGCAGCAACAGCAUCAGCCGGCGAGGCCACUCAGCAGCUGCAGGCGGAUGCCGUGAAAGAUUUAGCGCUCGAGAAGCAACAGGCAGCUCCCGCCGUGCCCAUGGACGAGGAGGAAAACGUGACAGUCGAGUGCUUCACGACUGAGCAUGCACAGCGCUCGGAGAUUAAAAGCAGCCUCUCAAAAUGUGUGCUUUGCACCAAGAGCUUCGUCGCCGAGGACAAGCCCAAGCUGCUCGAGUGCCUUCACGCAGCCUGUACCGCCUGCAUCAAUGCCAAGCUCAGCGAGCAGCAAAAUACCUCCGUUGACGCUGACCUCGUAGUUGAAAACAACACUAUUUUGUGCCAAGCUUGUAAUAUUAUAAGCCAACCGGAGAAUUUGAUAGAAAAUCGAUUUUUUUCCAAGUUCCUUGAAGAAGACAGUAAUGCCAAUGCUAGCUAUGAAGAUGUGCCUACGCUUGUUGAGGAGGAAAGAAAGUGUUUGAACUGUACAUCAAACUCAAAAGCAACCAACUGGUGUGUUGAAUGUGAUUUAAUAAUAUGUCAAGAAUGUGUCAAGGCGCACAGUAGCUUGAAAAUAACACAAGCUCAUACUAUAAAACCUUUGAACGAGGGAUCAGGCAAUGCAGAAAAUGCUAAGAAGGAACUAUCUAUUUAUCUUUUUUGCAUGAUUCAUACACAUGAGCCGUUAUCAUUGUUUUGUCAAACUUGCGAUCGGUUGACAUGCAGAGAUUGUCAACUAAGUGAUCACAGGGAACAUAAAUACAAAUUUAUUCAUGAAAUCGCCGUGGAAACAAAAACUUCCAUAAAAUCUUUAUUGACUGAUGUCAGCCGUAAAAGAGAGUUAUUAAACACUGCCAUGGGUGUUAUUAAAGAACGUCAAAGAUUAAUAUCUGAUAAGAAAAAAAUACUUGUGGAGGACAUAACGAAAAUGGUUGUUCAAUUGACAAAUGCAAUUAGUUCAAGAGGAAAAGAGUUAAUUAAGAGACUGAGUGAGGUGUGUGAUCAAAAACAAAACACCUUGAAUGAAAAGAAAGUUGCUUUGGAUCAAUUAUCAAAAUUGACUGAUCAUUGUAUGGAUUUUGUGAACUAUGCAUUAGAUGCAGGCACAGAUAUGGAACUGCUUUACAAUAAAAAAACAGUGACAAAUCACUUACUAAGAAUUAAGAACCAGAGAGCAGAUAUUCCUAAUCCUGAUAUUCCUGUUAGAAUUCACUUGAAUGUAGAUAAAGUUCCAGAUCUCGUAAAAGUUAUAUCAUCGAUUGGAGGUAUUGUAGUUGAUGGAAGAGUUUAUCCUUCAGUUACUCCUCCGUCAGAACCAAAUAGAUCAUUAACACCACUAAAUGAGACAUUGGAACAUAAACAAAUGAAUAACUCUUCAAUGGGCGUAGUUUUAGAUAACUUGACAACACCUCAGGCAGUUUCUUUAGUUCCUACUCAGCCUUCUAAUAAUAUGACUUACAUGAAUCAAGCUAUGAACAUUCCUAUAACAUCUCAUCAGCAACUUGCAAUGCAAAAUCAACAUAUAGCUAAUCAGCAACAAUUACAAACUCAGACAUCAAAUUAUAUGCAGCAUUACAAUACACACAGUAUGCAACAACAUCCUUUACCGCCACUAAUGCCGACUUAUAGUACUAAUUACAAUGGACGUAUACCACCACCACCACAACAGCAACAGCAGCAGCAACAACAACAACAACAACAACAACAACAACAACAACAACAACAACAACAACAACAAAUCCUAAUGGCGCAAAGGACCGGACUUGGCAACUGUCAUCAACAGGUAACUUCAUCAACUCAUCCUCACUCACAACAACAGCAGCAACAACAAUUACAUGUAACUACAGCAGGCGCCGUAGCAGAUACACAAAUUAAUCAAAAUCCAAGUUUGCGUGGAUUGCUUGCGCAUAAUCCUCCGGCGUACAGGCCAAGUAAUGCAAUGCAGUACAGAUUUCCCCCUAGGUACAGGUAUCCUGUUAACAGUCCUCAAAGAACUUUGAGUUCGGCACAAAAUGCUUAUCCGGCAGGCACUUCUUUAUUGGCUGGAAUGCAGAUACGUCAGCCAAGUCAGCCUCAUCAGGCAGUAAUGCUCAACGUUUAUCAACAGCCAUCUCACCAGUUGCACUCCCAGCCACAGAUGAUACAACAAUCUGCACGUUGGCACAUUCCUCAAAAUCUUAAUUCUAGCAGUGUGCCUUCUUCGUAUCCAGUAAAAAAUCCCGUACAGCAACAGCAAAUGCUUUCAACCGCGCCAGUUAACGAUUACAAAAUUACGCUUAAAAGUCAAUCUGCUCUCUCCUCUGCUCUUCAAGGGAAAAGUAAUAAUAGUAUCGCUAGUCCACCUAUAAAUACCAAAAGUGUGCCAGUCUGUCAAAGUUCAACAACAGUCAGCCAUACAGUGAGCUCUUCAAUGCCGAAAACACCAAGUCCAGCUCCACAUGAAAAGACUGAUGAAACUCAGAAAAGCUUGGAUAAAUUUUGUCAAAAAUCACUUAAUGAUCUGAUGCGCACCAUUGCAAAAUUAGACAGCAAUGGUAUAAUGGUAAUUCCUGAAAGUCAAAAAAGCCAAUUAGACUCAACUCAAGUGGAUAGUUCUACUGAUGAAGGAAUUAAUGCCAUGACCGACAAUUCUUCUGCGUCCUUAUCUAAAGAUGAUCCAAAUGAAGAUUGGUGUGCAGUGUGUAUGGAUGGAGGAGAUGCUGUCCUUUGUUGUGAUAAGUGUCCUAAGGUCUUCCAUUUAUACUGUCACAUUCCAAACUUAAAAUCUUUUCCACAUGAAAGCGAAACAUGGCAAUGUAUGUUAUGUACUAAUGUACUUGACUGUUCAGAGGAUUCUCCAGAAGAAAAAAAAGAAGACACUGAUCAAAUGAGUGCUCGAGACUUAAGAAUAGCUCAAAGGAUAGUUUUAGAAUUAUAUUGUCAACAUGAACAAAGUUUACCUUUUAGAGAAGUUGUGUCGCCAGAGAUCAUUGAAUAUCAUCGAAUCAUCAAAAAACCAAUAGCUCUCGAUGUUAUACGUGAUAAACUUAAUCAAGAAAAUGAAAAUCAUUACACAAAUUUAAAACAAGUAUUGGCUGACAUUAGAUUGAUGUUCAAAAAUGCUUUCACGUUUAAUCUUCCGGACUCACAAGUUUACCAGGGAGCUAAAAGUUUGGAAGACUUUUUCGAAAAACUACUGAUAAAAUGGAUACCUAACUAUGUUUACGAUAAUUCAUGUAUUACCGCAGAAGAAGAAGAUGAAGAGGUAUUUCCACCAAAUAGAAAGUACAGACGUAUUAUUAAUGAUUAAUAGAGUUCGCCAUGGUGUAUUUUAAGGGUAUUGUAAGAUAAACGAUUUGAACAAUUUUUUAUACGUGCAAGAACUUGACAUAAAAUUUUUAAACCUUGUAUAUUAUGUAAACACGUCGAUAAAAAUACUUAUUUUCGCUGAACGUAAUUUUAUAUCGUAUAAUCAUUGGAAUUUUGCUUGAACGAUUUCUAAUUAUAUGUUUUAAGUUCAAUGCAAAUAUUUAUUUCGUAUAUUAUAAUGAAUAUAAUGUGGAAGUUUUAUUAGUGAAAUAUAAUUAUUUUUUCACUACUAUUUCAUAAAAUCAGUUAUAUGAGUAAUUGAGCAAUUGGAAGUUAAUAGAGUGUAGUCCAAUCAAAAUUUGACAAUUGUCAAAUUGAUAAAAAUUUUAAAUACAAUAUUAAUAAUUUUUAAAUCUUUAAAAACCAACACUUUGUGUAGAUAUUUCAAAUUAACACUGUUUAAUGAUAUAAAAUCUAUUGAAUAGAUUUUGCAAUCAAGGUAUUGCAAUGUUUGAUUUAUGUAACUGUUAAACUCUUAAUCAUGAUCAAAACAUGAAUCUUGAUAUUUUAAUUAUGAUAUUAUAAAAUAUUUUGUCUAAAUAAUAUACACGAUACAAUGAUUAGAUAUAUUCCCGUUCUGCUAAUCAUGAGUGAAUUUUACAAAACUAAACUGUAGGAUUGCUUUUAUGGCAUUUUAUUGAUUAAAAUUGUUAGUUAUUUGUUUAUACAUAGUUU